AUGUCAGCUACGCCCCCCGGAAACAUCAAGCUUCCGUCCAGGCCCACCCCAAACGACAUUCUCGGGGGGUCGGCCCUGGCAGUCGAAACCCCAUCCCCCGCCCACGCCCACGGGUCCAACCUCGAUACCGCCUCCCCCAACGACUCGGGGUUCGCGAGAGGAACCGUUCCCCGCCCCAAGGGCCGCUCCAGAGCAUCAAGGCCAAGUUUUGGAAGUUACGGAAGAGGGCAUAGACUGGCUAGCAGCCGCGGCACCCCGGGCGGAAUCGUGGACGAGCUGCUCGAUGAGGUGGAGGCAGCUCCUAAGCUGCCCAGUCUCGUCCCCGGUAUCAGGCCUGCCUAUUCUACGCCUCUCCCGGUGCUCCCUAUUGCGGUGCUAUGUAUCGCCAUGUCGUCAGAAAUGCUAGCGGCGAAUCUGUGCACCCCCUUCAUCCUCAAGCAAGUAGAAGGUAUAUUUGACAUGAGACUCGACACCGAGGCGGCCGUUGGUCUCUGGACCGGCAACUUGGUUUCCGUGUUCUUCAUCACCCAAUUCCUCACUUCCUUACUGUGGAGCAGUAUCGCAGACCGACACGGUCGGCGUGCUGUGCUUGUCGCGAGCUUGCUGGGAAGCUGCAUCGCAUUGGUCGUAUUUGGCACGUCUGAAUCUCUUCCAGAAGCUAUCUGUGUCCGACUCGUACAGGGAAUAUUCGGAGGAGCCGUUGGAGUGUUCCGAGGCUCUAUUCGAGACUUGACAGACGAGACCAAUGCGUCCAGGGCAUACGCCAUGUUGGGCUUCGCUUGGAGUUUGGGUGGUGUCCUUGGUCCCCUGUUCGGAGGUGUAUUGGAGAGUCCUGAGGAGAACUACCCGGGCACAUUCUUGGCUCGCGUUGUACUCUUCCAAGAGUUCCCCUAUCUGCUCCCGACCCUUGUAGGGGCCACCAUCCUCUUCAGUGGUGCCGUACUCUCUUGCUUCCUCUCUUGGGAUGGUGGUGUUCGAGGCGGUCGACGAAUCGAACUCCAAGUCGAGAAAGACGAACCUCUCGUAGCCCCUUCAUCGCCUGAUGUCGUACAACACUCCUCCCCUGCCCCCUCCAGCCGUACCGCCGUCCGCAUUCCAUCUACCCAUUUCAGACGAGGCGUCACCUCGCCCGGAGAAGAAGAGAUGGCGGUGUCUCAUGGCGGUGGCUACCCUGAGCUUGGAAGAAGUGCGGGUACGCGAAGGGACAGCCGUGCGAGUGUAGGAACGGCUUAUGGCUAUGGUGGUAUCCGAUCCAAACAUCCUACUCUUGCAGCUAGGGCUGCCCUCGAAGCGGCAAGGCGGGUGUCUGCUGCUGUCCACCGGGACGACAGCGAUGAUGAAGAGGACGUCAAGGGCAACAAGGCCUUGCGAGUCGCUCAAAAGCUCCUCCUCGCCAACGAAGAAAACACUUUCAAUAUCAACGACCUUUGGGUUUCUGCGGCUGUUGCUCAAGACACCGCUGUCUUUGACGACGAGGAAGAGGAGACUGAAGAGGAGCACGAGGAGGAUGACGAGCCGCUCAAUGAUACUCCAGCUGCUGCUUCACCAUCCGUUGGCGGUGCUUCGCCGUCGGUCUCGGAAGACCAUCGUCGUAGCUUCGGCUUCGGCCUUACGCACCGCACUGGUCGAGUUACUAGCAUGGGAAACAUGUCGCUCCACCGAAACCUCCCUGGCCACCGCCUGUCUAUGUCUGGCAGGCGUUUCAGUACAACUUCGGGUCACGUGCCUGCCAUUUUCUCCAACACUGGCGUACGAACCCCACCUGCCGUUGCCGCUGCUUACAACGCCGAAUCGCCAAGGACCGAGGUGGACCCCUUCUUCCAAGACUCACCUGCUCCAGAGCAUCGUGCGCAGGGCGGCCUCGCUGCCAUCGCUGAGGCUGGAAGCAAUGCCGUGGACACUGCUGUAACGCAAGUGUCUGAGAAGAUGCCUUCGUCCUUUGCUCUCUUGCCCGUCCAGAUGAUUGUCCAGUACGGUCUUCUCGCCUUGCACAACACCAUCCACGACCAAGUCUUCUUGUCUUUCCUUGUGACUCCCUACAAGUCUGGCGGUCUUGGUCUCAACCCUGCGCACUUCUCGCUCAUUAUCUCUCUCAUGUGCUUGUGUCAGCUCGUCUACCAAUUCUACCUGUAUCCCCGUCUCGGUCCUCCCCUUGGUCGAUUCACCCACCUGCAGAUGUUCAGGAUCGGCUGUGCGCUCUACGUGCCUUCUUACUUGCUGUUGCCGCUCAUGCACAAGGUGGCCUCGGCAGAGUCUGAGGGUGGAUUCUUGCUGAUGGUCGGUGUGGUGAUGGUGACCGCUUUGAGGUACUGUGCUGGUACUUUCGCCUACACUUCCGUCAUGGUCCUCAUCAAUGCCAUGUCUCCGCCCCAAGUUGUCGGCCUAUCUAACGGCCUUGCUCAGAGCACCGUUUCGUUCUCCCGAUUCUUCGGUCCCGUCAUCGGUGGCGCCGUCUGGAGUGCCAGUAUCAACGGCAACCCCAACGGUUACGCCUUCGGCUUUUACUUUGUCACCAUUGGCUGUGCCAUCCAAUGCGCGCUGUCUUUAUUGAUCCGUUAA